AUGCAAAGUGGAUUUUCGGUUUGCAGAAGAAAGGCUGGAUAAACUUUCAGAAAGACUCUUGGAUUAUAUAAUUAUAAAUUGGGACAUUAGCAAUAUCAUAAAGAACCUGGGAGUGUGUCUUUGAAUGCAGUGGAGUAAUUAAAAAAUACAAAUACUUAUGAAGGCAGAAUGAGGAUUAGGAAAUUGAGACUGGAAAGUGAUAGAGUAUUUGGAAAAUUUGUUGGAAGCAAAUUUGUGGUUGAUAAGAGUAGAAUUCCUUAAUACGAUAUACCAGAUUUGACCGGGUUUGAACUUAAACCUUAUGUAUCAUACCACACUCCUUAGGUGGAUAAGGAGACUUAGGUGAAAUUAGAAAGAAUGAAUGAUUUUAAUUUAACAGAGAAUUUGGUACCUCGCUCGGAAACAAAAUUAUUAGAGAAGAAAUGACGCAUCAAAUAUUAAGAAUUUUAAAUACCCAAUCUUAAAUUUCAUACUC